AUGGAUCCCAAAGACGAUCCUCUGAUCAAUCAUCCUAGGUACCGCACCCUGAAGUACAUCAAUAAGGGCAGCUUUGGGUUCGUUGUCCUGGCCGAGAGCCGGGACACCCGGGAGACCGUGGCCAUCAAGUUUGUGGAGGUCACGAAUGAGUCGGACCGCAAGCACUCUCACCGGGAGAUCAUGAACCACCAGAGCCUGCUGCACCCCCACGUGGUGCAGCUGAAGGAGGUCAUGUGCGUCCCCCCCUUCCUGGCCAUCGUCAUGGAGUUUGUCCCCGGCGGCGACAUGUUCCAGUAUGUCGUCUCCCGCCGCGGCCUGCCCGAGGCCGAGGCCCGCUGGUUCUUCCAGCAGCUCAUCCUGGGCAUGGACUACUGCCACAGGAAGGGCAUCAUGAGCCGCGACAUCAAGCUGGAGAACACGCUGCUGGUGCUGCAGCCCGACAAGAAGCCGCUGCUGAAGCUGUGCGACUUUGGCUACUCCAAGCACGAGCUGCUGGACUCGGUGGCCAAGAGCAAGGUGGGCACCCCCGGGUACACCGCGCCCGAGGUCAUCUCCAACCUCAAGGGCUACGAUGGCAAGGUGGCGGACGUCUGGUCCGCGGGCGUCAUGCUCUUUACCAUGCUCUUCGCGCGCUACCCCUUCGAGCGCCCCGAGGACAAGAAGCUGCGCCAGAACGAGCGCCUGCAGCGCAUCCUGCACCGCAUCAUGAAGGUGGACUAUCUCUUCCCCGAGCACGCCACGAUCAGCGACGACUGCCGCGGCCUCAUCGGCCGCAUCCUCGUCGCCGACCCCCAGCAGCGCAUCACCAUCCGGGAGAUCCAGCACCACCCCUGGUUCCAGCACGACCUGCCACCUGGCAGCUUGGAGUACAACGACUGGGCGCUGAACCUGGAGGUGACCCCCGCCCAGACGUCAGAGGGCGUGGACGCCAUCAUCAAAGCCUCGCGCGACGCCUACGACUCCAAGAACCGGUCCGGGCGUGAUGAAGCAGACAUCUUCUCCUCGGGGCUGAUGGCCGGCUGA